CAGGAACAUGGCGCUUUGGAGGAGAGGUGUUUCGUGGUAGUCAGGGUUAUUGAUUGUUAUUAUUUAGCUGAUUUUAUUGAAAUAGCUUAGAUGUGAAUACAGUCAGUAUGAUAGGUCGUGAAAGGUGAUAGCUGGUUUUGUCUCAAUGGACGGCGGUAUGUUAUUUUUCGUGGCGGUGUUUGCUGUCGUCAGCUGAAACUGUUAGCAUGGACAAGCUAACUUGAAUGCGAGCUAGCUGGCUAACAGUAAGACGCUAACGCUAAACAGACAGAUAAUAUGCUUCUCGGGAGUCUACGCUGACUAUAUACUCAAUAUCAAUGGUUAAAAUAAUCAGUUUAGUUUUAUAUAAACAAGGUAUUGUUUAGGAAGACGAUUCCACGCAGCUAACAUUUUGUUAGCUAAGCUAGGAGGAUGAAGAGCCGCCGUGGAGAUGUUUUGUUGCUGGCCGGUGGGAUUCUUCUCUCGGUGUUCUGUCUGUGUGAAGGUGCCCCUCUUCUCUAUCCCCACAAAUCAGGUGGAAGCACAGCGGACACACUGUCUACAUCACUUUACCUGUCCCUCGUAGUGUCACUGACGGCGCUUGUGGCCUUGGUGGUGCUGCUGGUGAACUGUGUGACCUGCUGCAAAGAAAGGGAGAUCAACUUCAAGGAGUUUGAGGACCACUUUGAUGAUGAGGUUGAUUUCACUCCACCGGCGGAGGACACGCCGUCUAUGCAGUCCCCAGCUGAGGUUUAUACCCUCGCUGUGUCCCCUGUGCCCCUCCCUGGACCCCCACACCUCCAACCUCCUGCCCGAAUCCCAGAGGGACCUGCCGGCCUCCAGGUAGCACGACACAGUCUCAGUUACAUCCAAGAGAUCGGCAACGGUUGGUUUGGCCAGGUCAUCCUGAGUGAAAUCUACACUGAUCCAGGUGGAGCCAGAGUGGUGGUGAAGGAGUUAAAAGCUAAUGCAAGUGCCAAGGAGCAGAAUGAUUUCCUGCAGCAGGGAGACCCGUACAGAGUUCUGCAGCACCCAAACAUCCUGCAGUGCCUGGGACAGUGUGUUGAGGCCAUUCCCUUCUUACUUGUCUUUGAGUACUGUGAAAUGGGGGAUUUGCGGGGUUACCUGUCCCAGCAGGAUUGGGUGUUCAGAAAUGCUGAGCUGCUGCAGCUGCAGAGGAUGGCCUGUGAGAUCGCUGCUGGUGUCACUCACCUUCACAAACACAACUUUCUGCACAGUGAUUUGGCUCUGAGGAACUGCUACCUGACUGCAGAUCUGACUGUCAAAGUGGGGGACUAUGGCAUUGGACCCUACAGAUAUAAAGAGGAUUACAUCAUCACAGAGGAAGACAUCUUUGCACCCCUUCGCUGGUUGGCUCCAGAGCUGGUGGGAGAGCGGCAUGGGGGUGUGAUAACUAUGGAGUCGACCAAGCCCAGCAAUGUGUGGGCCUUGGGCGUCACUUUGUGGGAGCUCUUUGAGAAUGCUGCUCAGCCGUACCCACAUCUGUCCGACCGGGAGGUCCUCAAUCAUGUCAUCAAGGAUCAACAAGUGAAACUCUUUAAGCCUCAGUUGGAGCUUCCUUACUCCGACAGAUGGUAUGAGGUCCUGCAGUUCUGCUGGCUGUCUCCAGACAAACGAGCCACAGCAGAGGAAGUCCACCGCCUGCUCACCUACCUUCGCAUGCAAGGCCAGAAGGACAUAGAAGAAGACUUCGAACAGCGCUGGGAUGCUCUCAAGCCGAACCCCACCGCACGCCAGACCACCGUCAGCCACUCGUCUUUCCCUAUCUUGGAGCAGUUUGCCGACGACGCCCUGCGACAGGAGACUGAUGAAGUCCUCACCGUCACAGAAACGAGCAAAGGUCUCAGCUUUGAGUACGUUUGGGAGGCAGCCAAACACGACCACUAUGAAGGCAACCAUGGACGCUCAGGCAUGGACACAACGCUGAACUACCACAGCAUGUUCUUCCCUGUUUCCAGUGAAGACAUCCAGGCACAUUUCCCUGAUCCUGGAGCCAGAGCAGAGCGCACAGAGGGCGGGAAUACUCCAUCAGGAAUUCAUGGGAUUGUGCCUGUGUUUGAUGCUCAAAAGCCCUCAAAUGGAAAUGAAUAUUAUAUCCAGCUAGAAGAACAAGGGGAGAGCACUGUUGGGGGCGAGGGCAACAGAGGGCAGGACUUGGACUUUAGCUCAGGACGACAAGACUUUGUUGUUCUCCAAGACGUCCGUCUGGAUGAGUCGAGCACUGAUGCUGAUUUUUUCCAUCAGAGUAUCGACUCAAAGGACUCCUACUUACCAGACAGUCACAUCUGGUCAUCUCUGGAAAAUGACAGUCCAUACCACACAAACAUUUUCACUGAAGGUGGGUCCAAGCAGGAUGACUCUCCUUCCUGGGGUCAGGGUUUUAUGGAGCUUCCAGAGCGGAAUGGGAACCCUUUCCACGAAGCUGCAUCUUUAGAAGUCCAGGUGGUGGACACUGAAAAAAGCUACGGGGAUUCUUUUUUAGGGGGUAGUUCAGAAGCCGCUCAACCUGUGGAUUCUGUGGAAGCCGAGGGAGAGAAAAACACAGACAUGGAGAGGCUUCUGAAUGCUGAAAAACUGACUGAAAACUUUUUGUUUCUCAAAGAACAGAACCUGAUGAAAGAGGGAUCUAGUUUCUCAAGUCCACAGGAGAACUUUCUUUUACCCGGCAUCGCCCAUGAACCAGAAGAAACAUUCAAAAUGCGCUCUUGGGAUAACCUCGAGAGUUUAGGCAGCUUAACCAUCCCAGACACUUAUUUAAAACCUGCAACAAGUAGCACAUCCUCGCGACAGGAACUAUUAGACUCUCCAAGUCCCAGCUUGGACGAGUCAUAUCCGUCUCCGGUAGGAAUUCAAACACUGGUGCCUUCCAUUACAGUGGUCACAGAGGAUAACACAAGCAUCCAGCUGCCAGUUAGAAGUAGUUCUUCCACUGAAGACCUUGGUCUCCUGCAGUCCUCAGACAGAGGUCUAGACUCUGGUUUUGAUUCUACCUCAGAGAAGUUUGAGGUUACCAUCAGUCAGACUGAUUUCCACACACCCGCACUCUCUCAAAGUGCCACUACAGACUCAUUGUGCACAGAUGCCAAAAUCCCCAGCCUUGAAGAUGACAUUGGAACCUCAAGAGAUGAUCUUCAGCCCUCAGAAACUGAAAUGCCAGAAACUUUGCAAGUCCAGGAUUUGUCCACAGAGAACGGGCACAAUGAAGACCUCACGAGUAAUGACCUGCUGAGUGAACUAAUAGAGGAUGCAGAUAUCGAACUGGAAACCACUCUCUCUGACCAUGAGGAAUCCUUUAUGGACACUAAUGACCGUCCUCUUGUCAGGUCCUCUCUGUUGGUCUCUGGACCAUCUUUGGACCAGAUCAGCCAGGACAGUUUACUAGAGGACAGCAUGUCCGUCACUCUACCCACUAUAGAAAACUCAGCAGAGACCCCGGACUCUUUAGACUCUCUUGAUAUCCACAGGUUAGCCGAACAAGCAGAAGAUCUGUCAGCUCAAAUAUCCCAGCACAAACUCCAGCCUCCGUACAAAAUAUCAGACAGUGGGUAUGAGACGGAGAACCUGGAGUCUCCAGAGUGGAACUCUCAGCCGAAUGUCAAAGAACAAUCUCCUGUGAAAAACGGCUUGAGUGCUGCCAAAGAAGAGGAGGAGACAGAAGAGUUGGCAUCAGCGGCUAAUCUGGUUCCACCUGAGAUCAUCAUCUCAGAAGUCGAGGGUGUGCUGGAGACUCAGAGCGAGGAUCACAGUGAAGACCAGGAAGCAGCACAUGAAGCUCCCGCUGAGGAACCUCUCAUUGGUAGUAAUUACAGGGACUCUGCCUACUUCUCAGACAAUGAAUCAGAGCCUGAGAAGAAGUCAGAAGAAACUAAUGCAGGAGGUUCUGUUGAGGCGUCGUGGCCGAGGAACUCCACAGACCCGGUCAGCAAGGCUCCGGCACCAGAAGUUAGCACAGAGAAAGAUGAAGAGUCUUUACUUUCUCAGAAAGAAACUCCUGAAUCUGCUGGAGCGCUGUCUAAUGGACAAACAUCUGACUCUAAUGUUGGGGGCAUUACUCCAGAUGCAGAUGUCGAUGUAGAGAAAAAUGAGAAUGACACAGCAGAGUCGAUCAGCAAUCAUUUUGAAGGCGCACUUCAGCUAGACGAGUUUAAGUACAUAGACUCCCCUGAAGAGCAAGAUCCAUUGGAAGAAAACUUGUCUCCACUUCCUUCUGCCACCCCAUUGAAUGCAGUCCAUGCCAAACUAACCAGGACCUACGCAAGCGAUGGUCACAAAAUAAAAGAGCCAGACAUGGAGGGCCGUUACCUGGGCAGGCGGGAUGGCUUGAUUUCGGAUGGGCAUGAGGACGGCGUGGAUGCAGACGAAGAGGACGAGAACAGUGAUGACUCUGAUGAUGACAUGCGUGCGUAUCCGCUCCACAGCUCCAGCUCAGACAGCGAGGAUGACAUAGUUCAUACGGUGCCGGUCAUCGUCUCAGACGACAGCAGCACAAAGAAUCUGAAGAGCUUGUUGAAGCCGACCACGCUGAACAUCGACGCUUCAUCGCCCCCGUUUCCUGCAAGAUUCAACUCCGAUAACUCCAGGAGAGCAGUCUCUUUCUUUGAUGAUGUCACUGUCUACUUGUUUGACCAGGAGACUCCCACUAAAGAACUGGGAGACCACUCCUCAGGCUCAAACAGUCAGACUCCAGAGCUCAGCAGCCCUGUGUCCACCUCCAGCUACUUGAACCGCUUUACCAACUCUGAGAGCUCCACAGAUGAAGAAGGUGGCGGUUUCGAGUGGGAUGACGACUUCUCCUCUCCUUCACCCGCCUUCCUGCCCAAGUCAGACAAAGACCCCGCGUCAAAGACCAUGAACUCAUCUGCGGCUUCACGCUUCACCUCUCCACCCACCACAGUCCUGGAGCCCAGCUGGACCAGCUCGUCAAACUACUCCCGCUUCUCCAUCUCACCAGCUAGCAUCGCCAGCUUCUCACUCACGCAUCUCACCGACUCUGACAUCGAACAAGGAGGAAGCAGCGAAGACGGAGAAAAGGACUAGUGUGCUAAAUAAAACGACUGUUUUCCAUCCCACUAUGAAAAAAUGAACUUUUACUCGCACUUUUUGGGAAACAGCUGAAUAAAGACAAAUGACGUGGUUUGUGGGGCGAACCGCGGAUGCUUCUCUCAGGCAGAUCAGUUCUUUACCUUCAUGGAUUUAGCCAUGAGAAAAAUGGCUGCAAACUGACAAAAUAAGACAGACCAGGCUGAGCCCCGGGGUCUGACCACUUCACCUCUUCUGCUACAUCAGUGUGCGUGAUCUCAGUUCAGUGCAAUUCCACAUGGACGGGGGAAAAAAAAAAAACGUUUCUAAAUGUUUGCUUUAAAGACUCAUCAAGCGCAUUCCAGGUGUUUGGCUGCUUCUUUUCAUCGUGUGUCCAAGUGCACUCCUUUUCCAGGACUUUUGCAUCACCAAAAAAAAAAAAAAAGACAUGACUGUCUAAGAUCUGAAUUAUCACACUGGGCUGGCUCACUACAGCCAAUAGGAAUAAGCUCUUUGAUUACAACAGACGUAAAACUGAAGAUCCACACUUCUUCACUACCAUCAUUCAUUUUCCUCCUUCAUGUUGUGCGAUUAUUUCAGUGGUUGCCUUUUUUUGGAAGAGUAUUUUCUUUUUCUUGUUGGGUGUUAGUGACUCUCUCCUAAUCGGAGAGAAAUGUUUGUUUCCUUCUGUAGCAACUUUUGAACAACAAGGGUUGUUAAUAAGGAGAAGAAAUCCACACUGAGGAUAAUUGGACAACUAAAAAACCCUCAUCUAUAGAGGUGCCACACUGUAUGUUCCUUUUAUUUAUGAAUCAAGGGAACAGCUACAGGACGUAGUUUCAUAUUUUUGAGACGUCUCAGUAAGAACACUACAAGAGAAGGAUUGUUUAUUGAUCCUUACAGAGGUGAUCCAAUGAAAAAUAAGAGGUUUAAUGCUUCACUUAAUGCUUAAAAAUCUGGAAGAAGUUGCUCUUAAGGUUUAGUCACUGGGUUUAAUCACAGUGCCUGUGAUGCUGUAAAAACAGCUGCACUCUGUUUAUUAUCACUACAAAUUUACAAAUCACACGUUUUGUCCGAUUGUGUAAAAUAAGAGUUGGGAGAUUUUAUUUUUAAAUGUCAGAAUGAAGAAAUGUCAUAAGCUGUUUGUAAACAAAUGUGCAAUGGAUUUCAGUAAUUAGAUGAAAUUUGCGUCAUAGGAAGGCGAGCGUUUCUUCAGUAAUGUGCAGGGACUUAAAGCUUCACAGUAAAUAAAUACACACUACUAGAACAAAAACACUGCUGCUUUUAUCAGUGUCAUGUGGAAGCCCAUUACUGCCUGUGAAAAAGAUAUGAAAGCUAAGCAUUAAUGUGAAAUUAUUCUCAAGGCAUAAUAACGGUAUAAAAAGUCACACCUGUCAGCUAAAACCUAAAGUUAUAAAAACAAAAAGUCAGAAAUAAGGGGGAAAAUAGUAUUCAGUAGUAUGAGAUAGAAGCCAAAGUUCUGAUAAAAAGUCAAAACUAAGAGAGAACACAACAUACAAAUAAAUGCAGCAAAAGUCGUUAUUAUGAGAUAACAUUUUUGAGAUAUUUCAAAAUUAUGAGUUAAAACUCAAUUAUAAGACUAAAGUGGCAAUUAUGAGACUUGGGUACAAAAAUUUUAAAGAAAAAUGUUUUAGUACAUAAUAAUGUGAGAAAAGGUCAUUAUUUUAAGGAAAAUAGUCACAAUAAUGAAUCUUUAGUUAUGAUUUUUACGCAAGAAAUCAUAAUGAGAAAAUAGUCUGAAUUUGGAGACUGAAGUUAUCAUUAUGAGAAAAAAGGUCAAAAUAAUGAGACAAAUCAAAAUUAUCAGACAAUAUGGCAUUUUGAGAAUAAAGUCCUGAAUAUCAGGAAAAAAAGUCACAACUUUUAGAUUGAAGUCAUAAUUAUGAGACAAAAUUUCAUAAUUAUGAGGGAAAAAGUCACAAUAAUGGCAUUUUAGUUAUGAUUGAUAGACAAAAAAUUAUUAAUAUAAGAAAUAGUCACACUUUCUAGACUAAAGUUAUUAUGAGGAAAAAAAGCCAAAAUACUGAGUCAAAAGAAAAAAAAAAAUACAGAACAAUGUCAUAAUUGUGAGACUGACGUCCUGAUCAUGAGUAAAAAAGUCACAAUUAGGCAAAACUUCAUCAUAAUGAAAUAAAAAUUCAAGAAGUAAAAGCAACCCUGACAUUAGAAAAUUAUGAUUAUGAGUCAUAAAAUUGAAAUAGUAGUGCACAAUAAAUACUUUUAUAUUUCAGCUUUUUGUUUGGACCCCCCCCCCUUAAAUUAUGACUUUAUUUCAUGAUUUUAAAAUAAUAUCUAACAUACUACCAGUGUGCUAACCACAGCUGUGUUGAAGUCUUACAUUACCUUUAGUAACUAACUUUAGUUUUUACUACAGUUGAGCAAUCUUCCUGCUGAUAGAGUGAUGGAACAAAGGGCACUAUUUUGCUUUUGAAUGUCUUAUUUCACCUUGAAAAACACCUUGAUUGCUCAGUUUUAUUGUCUUAAGUGUUAUGCAUGCUUCAUCAGACAGAAUUGAAAUAAAAGUGGAGCACCGGCCUAAAAGACGUCCUCAAAUCAGCAUGUGGGGACCAGUAAUGUACCUUACAGCCAUACAACAAUAGUUUCAUAUAUCUAGGACCUAUAUGAGAGAGAAAAAACAUCUGAUUUUAAUCCUCUGGCAGCCCAGGCUUUAUUUCUCAUAAUAAGACUUAAUCGUUUUCUAUUAUUGUUUAGCUUUCAUACAUGUGUUUUCCCUGGCAGAAAUGGGCUUACGUAUCGUCAUGAACAGAGUUGUCUGCCUUUUUCUUUGUUUUUUUUGUUUUGUUUUUUUACUUGUGUCAAACUUAACCUGUUCACACGACAUUCUCCUCCUCGUCUGGUUGCAGUUUCCAGCAUUUCAUCGUUGUAUAUUUUCAUUUAUGGGCUGAACAUCGUCUCUGUGGCUGUACAGGGUGUGUCGGGGAUGUGCGUGUGUGUAUCAUCAGUUUUUGUAGCAAAUGUAAACAGAAAUGGAGCAGAACGUGCUUCAGACACAAGGGUUCAUGUACAGCUAUAAAAACACAGUCAUUUAAACUGUAGAGUAUACAGUUACUGUAUGAUUCUUUACUUUAAAAAGCUGAUGAACAAACUAUCCUUCACCUGUAGUAGAUAAAGGCUCAGUCCCACUUAUAACUUCUACCCAGACUCCUCGUUUUUGAGAUGCAAUCUUCCUCUACAACAACGUUAAGGUAAAUUGAUGCAAUGAUUUGACAAAAUUUUUACUUUGACAGCCAUCUUGCCAGUAGAUUUCCCAUAUUGGAGUGUUUAAAGGGCCAUAAAGCUCCAGCACUUCACUCUAAACCUCCAACAAGAACUGGGACAUCCCACCCCUAAACAUAGGGCUAGGGCUGAGUGAUCAGGGUGAGGUUGUAUUGGGACUGAGCCAUCAUGCAUCUCCCCCUCCCCACACAAACAGCACUGUACAGUAUCUUAGACAAUGUUAACCUCUGUUUGAAACCAGCAGCCUGUGCUUCAGUCAAACUUGAACGUUUAUUUAAGGAGAUCUUGUUUUAUUUGACUACAGUAUACAUUUUUGCUUAAUCUUGCACAUUUGACAAAUGUAACUUAAUGUUGAACUGUACUGAUGUAUGUAAAUGUUAAUUUUUUCUCUGUCUGUAAAUUGGGAAAUGAUGUAACUAGGUAUGAGGUUUCAUUUUGUAACUUAAGCUGAAUUGUUGAUCAGAGGAACAUAUCACAGCGUCAUGGGCGAAAAGCAGUUAAAUUAAGACAAAAGGAGAUGUGAAUUCAUUCUGUCCUUAAACAAACUUGUAGAUUUUAAAAAUAUUUUUACGUCAUAUUUAUCAUGCUUAGUGUAAUUGAAUGAAAUGUUUAUAAUUACACUGUUUAAUAUGAAAAUAAAUGCAAAUGAACUUC